GGGUUUAUGUCUGGGAGGAGUUUUGUCCGGAUACGCAGUAAGUUGUAAGGAUGGGCAAUUGAAAUUGUGAUUUAAUAUAAUUAUAUUCCUAACAGGUUGUGCACAGUAUUCAUUCUUGUAACUUCACAUUAUCACAAAUAAUUUAUGGGGGAAACAGUUACAAUUAAAUUUUGUUUUUAUUUCAGUGUUUGUGUGCGGUUGUAUUCAUGCAGCCAGAGCUAAUCCAUGUAAACUGGAGUAGCGAUGAAGAACUGGUACAAGUAAGGUGGUCAGACUACGAUUCUGGGGACCCAGUGAAUUGUUCUAUGACCACAUUACAAGACAUUACAGGAUCUGCUGACUGUGCUGUGACAGAUAGCGAACAAGUACAGCGUGAUGAGGAAUAUUUAGACAUUUGGGAUAGCGAUGGAAGCUUAAUGUUUUUGUCUUCUACAAAUUCUGAACAUGACAUCGAACAGGUUUUAGCUAAGCCGAAAAAGAAAACAGAAAACAAGUACAUUCAAAGUGAGGUCAGAAGGAAGAAUGAAAUUAAAAGCAUUGAAGUUUCUUAGUAUUAAGACAGCACUUAACACACCCUGCUAUUGUGGAAAACGGUGUAUUAUGCAGUUGAAUAAUAAUUCUGUCCGUGAUAUUCGUGAAAAAUUCUGGCAUAAUCCAAAAUUGACAAGGAUAACACUGCUGAAAGCAUCAUAUGAAAAAUCUGAAAAAGUCGGAAAAUACAGGUACUUUUAUAAGUCUAAAAAACAAGUAAUACAAUUAUGUACAAAAGCAUUUUUGGCUGCAUUGAGAGUUAACAAGAAUACAUUAACUACAGUUGCUGAUAUGUGCAUGAAUAACAAGGAAGCUCCAACUGGGAAAUCUCCACGUAACUGGGACAAGAGCACUCUACUUUUGAUUGCUUGGCUGGAGGAUUACUUCAGAUUUCAUGGCGAAAGAAUGCCUCACCGAAACGAGAUUGUGAUGCCAUAUGGAACAGUGAAAAGUCAUAUUUAUGAACAAUACAAAAUUGAUGUGGAAAAUCCAAUGAGCAAAAGCCAGUUCUACAAGAAAUGGAUUGACAACUUCCAGUUUGUUAAAACG